AUGGAUUCCCUCCCCUCUCAAACCUCCUCUCUAAACCUAGCACCAGGUGUUCAAAGAUACUCUCUCGGAAAUUGGAAACUUCAAUCUGGACAGGAGAUUCCAGAUGCACAUAUUGCAUAUAAAACAUUUGGAGAUCCAGGUUCGCCUGCUAUUAUCUAUCCAUCUUGGUUUUCCGGAGCAAUCGCCGACAACGAAUGGCUCAUUGGAGAAACUCAAGCAUUAAACCCCCGGAAAUACUUCAUAAUCAUCACUGCACUUUUCGGAAAUGGAGAGUCGUCUUCACCAUCCAACACCCCCCUGUCCCUCUCCCCCUUCCCCAAAGUAACCUUCUACGACAACGUCCGCGCACAACACAAACUCCUAACCAUCCAUCUCCAAAUCACCCACGCGCGCGCCGUAAUCGGUUGGUCUAUGGGCGCAGCCCAAACUUACCAAUGGGCUACUAUGUAUCCAUCAUUUAUGGAUAUAUGUAUACCAUUCUGUGGAUCGGCGAAAACGGCUUUGCAUAAUCAGGUAUUUUUGGAAGGGGUGAAAUCCGCACUGUUGGCUGGGAAGGGGAUGAUGAGUGCGGGGUCUAGUGAGGGGGUUGUUGUGAAGGGGAGGAAAGAGAAAGUGAGGGUUUGGAGUGAGGAGGAGAGGGAGGUCGGGUUGAAGGCUUUUGGGAGGGGGUAUGCGGGGUGGGGGUUUAGUCAGACCCCGAAAACCUCCCUCACAAUGCUGCACACCUGGUCCCUCCCGGCGACGUCUCCAACCAAACCCCCAUACAACGGAGAUUUCUCUGCCGCAAUGAACACUAUAGAAGCAAAAAUGCUUGUUCUCCCGUGCAAAACAGAUUUAUAUUUUCCACCCGAAGACUCACAAAUCGAAGUCUCUCUCAUGCGUCCUGGAAUCGGUACGCUCGAGAUCAUCCCUAGUAUAUGGGGGCAUUGGGCUGGGGGACCGGGUGAUUCGAAAGAGGAUGUGAAGUGGCUUAAUGAGAGGUUGGUUGCGGUUGGUCUUUAG